AUGGUUAAGGCUGCUUCGCUUUACAUAUUGGCUGCCGCCGCACUCGUAGUUGCUGAUCCAACCGUUUAUCUUAUCCGACAUGGCGAGAAGCCAGAUGAUGGUGAUGGGCUAAGCUCCCAGGGCCUUGAGCGUGCACAAUGUCUGCGAAAUGUUUUUAGCUCGAGUUCCAGCUACAACAUUGGCCAUAUUAUGGCGCAAACCCCUCAAAGUGAUGGCAGCCGUCAGCGCCCCUAUGAUACCGUGGAGCCUCUAGCAGGGGACCUGGGCCUGACUGUCGAUACUUCUUGCGACCGGGAUGACCCUAGCUGCGUCAAGGAUGUUGUCGAUGGAUAUACCGGGUCUGGAAAUAUCCUGAUCUGCUGGGAACACGAUGCCCUGACCGACAUUGUUGAUAAACUAGGCGACGAUGAUGCUCCUGAUUAUCCCGACGAUAGCUUCAAAAUUAUCUGGACUGAUCCUUCACCUUAUGACGAUAUUACGUCCAAGACCAGCGAGAACUGCCCUGGACUAGAUGACUAA